UUAAAAAUAAAAUUACAACGAAAGGGUGGUCGUCAACGAUGUCAAUGUGGAGUAAAGCGAUGGUGGUGGCACAGUUGAUAAUAGUUAUGGCGGCGGUGCAUGGGGGAGGUUGUGGGGACGCAGACACAGGAUCCGCGGUUUCAUGUGGAGAAGUGGAGAUGUGUUUGAUAGGGUGCAUGGAUUACCUGACACAAAGAGAUCGUGAUCAUGAUCAGGAUCAUGAUGAUGAUCCAACGGCUGCUUGUUGUAAUGGCCUCGAAUAUCUCCAGUUCAUCACCCCGACCCCACCUCUCAGACAAGCCGCUUGUGAAUGUCUCAAGGAAGCCGCCACUGGAUAUCCUGAUCUUAACCAAGAUCAAGCAGCUUCUCUGCCUGCCAAGUGUCAUCUUCAGAUAAAUUUCACCAUCUCCCCUACCAUAAAUUGUACUCAUGAUGUUAAUUAAGUAUGAUGGUGGUUGAUUAAGGUUCAAGGACGAGACAAGAAGCAAGGACAAUUUGGCUUUUAUUAGUCUGUUUAUAUUAUAGUACACUCUUAAUUAUGUCCAUCGUCAUAUAUGGGUUCAAUUUAUUCUUCAAAUAAAAUGGUUAUUUUGAUCAAUAAUUAAGAAAACUACUCAAUUAUAAAGUUUAUAAAAUUAUUAUUUUUUUGUAUGAUUUUAAGACCUUUUUUUUUGUUUACCGUUUUGUUUCUAUUUUACCGUAUAAUUCACAAGGCACGGAAUAUUGUAUGCAUUCGGUUUGGACACGUCAGCAACAGCGUGAAUGAAGUUGACGUUAAAGUGGUUAAAAUAAAAAAGUAAAGUCAAAAUGAAAAUUCAAAAUGUUCAAAUUUUUUUUGUUUUUUUGGAACUAAAAAUAACACGGGUACAACGAAAAAAUGCAAAAUUUUGGUAUGCCUGGCCUCACUGAAUAUUGCCUCAUCCAGAAGGUUGUAGACUAGUGGAGAAAUCCAUUCGUUGCGAGAUUUCUACCGCGCUUUCCACCAUUUGGCGAUCGGCUAUAUUAAUUAUGUUAUUUGGGAACAUUUAUAGUGCACAUGGGAUGUUUGUGAAAAGUCCCAGGCUGAAUAUACUUAUGCGUUUACUUCUUACGAACUAGAGUAUCCAAUUUCAUCCAUGUGGGAUGACUUGAAUGUUCAUACUCAGCUUAGGAAAAGCAAGAAUUUUCGAACAUGUUGAUGUUAUGGACCGUUGGACUGGUGUUUUAAAGGUUCCAUUGUACCCCAAUGGCAGAGCUUUUUACCAAGUUGCAGCAUCUCUGUGCCUUUCACCAACCUCGAAAAAUCUAACUGUGCCUUCUUCCAAUGCCAUCUUUUUCAGUGGAGAUCGAGUUGCACACACUGGUAAUCCGGUGAUUGAGAGGUUAUCAGGCUUGCAAACCAUAGCUGAAAUUUUGGUUUCCAAGAUUGGAGGUUCUAUCAAUACAUGGGUUAUUGAGGCUUCCGUGUAUAAUGGGCCUUUUGCUGUGUAUAAGGAUUUUAUACCAUCAGUGAACCAAUGGGGAGAGCCAAAAUCGUACAACCCAGUUGGAUUCCCAGCUUCUAGAUCAGCUAUCACACUAUUGUCAAAUUUCCUUGAAGAGCUGAAGAGUGUCAAUUCAUGGAUACAGCAAGAACCACUCUCAGCAAGCACUGCUGCAUCGAAAAUCUAUAUGCCUAAAACACUCAUCUUUGGAUUUAGCAAGGGAGGUACAGUAGUUAACCAACUAAUUGCUGAACUUGGAUUCUCAGAGGAACAGCCAGAACAUAGGGAAUAUUCAGAGUCCAAAAAAGAGUUCCAAAUCAUACCCAGUACUAAAGAAAGCCUCUUAAACAGCAUUUCUGAAGUACAUUACAUAGAUGUUGGAUUAAACUCUGCAGGUGCAUACAUCACCGACCAUGAGGUGAUUGAGAAAAUCUCUAGAAUCGUUGUACAGGAGAAUAGAGAAAUACGUUUUGUCCUUCAUGGAACUCCCAGGCAGUGGUGUGACAGUAGGCGCUCUUGGAUUCGAGAUGAAAAGGAUAAAUUGCUUCAUGUGCUCGAAUCCGAAGCUGGGAGAAGUGGAGGAAAGUUACAGGUCUCUGAGAGAUUUUACUUUGGUGAUUGUACACCAAAUCUGCAGAUGCAUUUUGAAAUUAUUGAAAAACUGGAUGUAAGCUAAGUGCUAAUACUGAAAACAUUAAACGGGCCUUUUAUGUAUAUAGUUAGCCAAUGGGUUAAGUCAAGGUUCAUGUUUUCAUC